AUGAAUACCUCCCAGGAGCCCCGGGUGACCUCAGGCAACAAAGUGGAGGACAUUGUUGACGAGGAGGAGGAGAAUGCAUGGCAGGCAAGUGGAAGAUCCAUUCUUCCUGACAGCCAAGAACUUUUUUUAACUCUGGAGCCCAUCCCCUCACAGGACCAAUUGUCGGCGGAGCGUGAUGCCAGGGAUGGCACUUCUGCUGAAACCUUGUCCAUAGGUGCAUCCUCCACACUGGGUCAGAGACAUUCCCAGAUUAGAAGGCAGAAAAAGAAGUCUUGGGAGGACAUGUUUAAUGAAUUUAUGCGUGCCUCUGUGACUGACAAGUCAGAGCUCAGCGCAUGGAGGAUUGCACUGUCGGAGAACCUGCACAAUGACCGCGAGGACAGAAGAACAUGUAGGGAACACGAGUGUGACACGCAGGACGAGAUGAUGCAGAUUAUGAGGGAGCAAAUAGACAUGUUGAGGCAUCUGGCUGAAGUCCAAGAAAGGAGUACCAAUCUGACCAUGAAGGUUGGUGUGAUUAACACCCAUCACUCCUAUAUAAAUGUUCCCAGGCCGGCAGUACAGGAUGCUGAUGUGGGCGUAGGAAGGAUAGAGAAUGGGAACAGGAGGUCUCUGGCUGAAGCGUAUGAUAGUUCAUCCAUAUUACAAACACAGGAGCAUGGGGACAGCUGCAGUGGUUAUUCUUCCACAAACAACUCACAGGCACUGAAAAGAGUGCUACAGAGAAUACCCAACUUUUUGGUUACCUUAAAAGACGGGGAGAAGAGGAUUUCCGAUGAAGGCUGCCGAACCUCAGACUCUUUUUUGGAAAAAAUUCAAGGUCCACAGCUAAGAUGGAGCAAUAAUUGUAAUAAUCAGAAUCUCUGUGAUGAAAUAUCAGAAGAAAUCACGGAACAGCACCUACCUAGUGCCAUUGCACAGUACAAUGUUAACAACAACAGUAAUAAAGAUGAAGAAAAAAAGAAAAAAGAAAAGAAGAGCAAGUCUGAUGGUAAAAAGGAAAAGAAAAAGGACACAGAAAUGCAAAAGAACAAGGAAAAACACAGAAAUAAAGAUAAGCAUAAGAAGAGAGACAAGAAAGAGAAAAAGGAACACCAGGAGAAGAAAGAUCUUUUUGUUAUUGAUCCAUCAGGAAAUCUGUAUUAUUACUGGCUGUUUUGCAUCACAUUACCUGUCAUGUACAACUGGACCAUGAUCAUUGCUAGAGCCUGUUUUGAUGAACUUCAGAACGACCAUUUAGGAAUGUGGCUCAUUUUUGAUUAUAUAUCAGAUAUAAUCUAUAUUGCUGAUAUGUUUGUACGGACAAGAACAGGUUACCUGGAGCAAGGUCUGUUGGUGAAAGAAGAACUUAAACUUAAACAGAAAUAUACAGGAACUUUACAAUUUAAACUAGAUCUACUGUCAGUCAUACCAACUGAUCUACUGUACUUUAAAUUAGGUCUGAACUAUCCAGAAUUAAGAAUAAACAGAGUACUUAAAGUAUCUCGUAUGUUUGAGUUCUUCCAGCGAACAGAAACAAGGACAAACUAUCCAAAUAUCUUCAGGAUCUCCACUCUUGUCAUGUAUAUAGUGAUUAUUAUUCACUGGAAUGCGUGUGUGUACUAUUCUAUCUCCAAAGCCAUUGGAUUUGGGACAGACACAUGGGUCUAUCCAAACACCUCUGAUCCUGAAUUUGCCCGUCUGGCUAGAAAAUAUGUAUAUAGCCUCUACUGGUCGACGCUGACCUUGACCACUAUUGGGGAAACACCUCCUCCUGUAAAGGAUUCUGAGUACUUCUUUGUGGUUGUUGACUUCUUGGUUGGGGUGUUGAUCUUUGCUACUAUUGUUGGUAACAUUGGUUCUAUGAUCUCCAAUAUGAAUGCAGCCAGAGCAGAGUUUCAAGGAAGGAUUGAUGCUAUCAAGCAAUAUAUGCACUUUCGAAAUGUGAAUAAAGAAAUAGAAAAAAGAGUUAUUAAGUGGUUUGACUACUUGUGGACAAAUAAAAAAGCAGUGGAUGAACGAGAAGUUUUAAAAUAUCUACCAGAUAAAUUAAGAGCAGAGAUCGCAAUCAGUGUUCAUUUGGACACAUUAAAAAAAGUUCGAAUUUUUGCAGAUUGUGAAGCUGGCUUGUUAGUUGAACUAGUCUUGAAACUGCAGCCUCAAGUCUACAGUCCAGGAGAUUACAUCUGCCGAAAGGGGGACAUUGGACGAGAGAUGUACAUUAUCAAAGAAGGUAAACUUGCUGUAAUAGCUGAUGAUGGAAUUACACAAUUUGUGGUUCUAAGUGAUGGCAGCUACUUUGGGGAGAUUAGCAUCCUUAAUAUCAAAGGCAGCAAAGCUGGCAAUCGAAGAACAGCCAACAUUAGAAGCAUUGGAUACUCAGACUUAUUUUGUCUAUCUAAAGAUGACCUCAUGGAGGCUUUAAUAGAGUACCCAGAUGCAAAGGCCCUGCUGGAAGAGAAAGGUAAGGAAAUCUUGCUGAAGGAUGGGUUACUGGAUAUAAAUGUUGCAAAUACAGGAAGUGACCCUAAAAACAUUGAAGAAAAGGUCAUUCAAAUGGAAGGAGCAGUGGACAACUUACAAACAAAGCUUGCCAGGCUGUUGGCUGAGUAUGAUGCCACACAGCAGAAACUGAAAAAACGACUGACACAGGUUGAGAAAAUACUGAAAUCAACUAUGCAGUUUGAAUUCUCAGAUUUAGAAGAAUUAGAUAAAUAAAUCUGGAGUGUCAACACUAGAAUAAAACACUGGGGACUGCCACUAGCAGUUAAAGAUAAAUCCUGCAAGGUACCGAGUGCCCUCAACUCUUAUCUUUGAUGAUGUGGCCCUUUAUUAUAAGGUAUUACUUAGUCAAGAAACAUCACUUGUUUCCUAUUAGGCAAUACACAUACACAGUAAACGUCAAGAAAAAAAUAAGAUGAAGACUCAGGAAUAAGAAAGGAGCAUAAAUAUUAUCGUUUUCAUGCUAGGAAAUGCUACUCAGUCCUGGCUUGCAGUUAUAUUUAUGAAGUACAUACAUAAAUUUAGUGUCUUGAUAUUUAAUCUCAGUGAAAAUGUUACAAUAUAAACCUAUCAAUCAUUUUGUCUUUUACAAUUGUAUGCCCUUCAGGACAAGGACUGUGUAUUUGUAUUUCCUCUGUAUUUUGAAAAUAGCUGGUAUAUGUUAGGCCCUAAAGCAAAAUAAAUAAUAAAUAUCGGUAAUAUAAAAUGUUUGCUAAUGGGUUAUUUAUAUUAUCCUUUAUGUAACGUUGUAAAAACAAGUGCAUUUAAUCUACAUACUAUAAUAUGUUGAUAG